CUUCAAAAUGAGACUAUGGCUGUCAAGAAGAUGGAAAAUUUUACUGCUCAUUUUCAUGAUUAUAUUCCUUUUCACUUGGUCAUUUAUCUCUAAGAAACUCUUCCAUCAUGUUUCAAAAUAUCCUCAAACUAGCUAUACUGCUACAAAGUGGUCACUAAAGACUGAAAUUAGGAGAGGCAGUGAUCUUCAUUAUCAUUCACAAUUUCACUCCAUCACUGAUCCUAAACCACUCACUAAUCUUUGUCCUCAUGUGUUUAUUAUUGGUUCAAGGAAAGGCGGUACCACCUCGCUCUAUCAAUAUCUCUCGGCUCACCCUCACUUUAAUGGGAUUAGGUUAGACUGGGGUCCAGUGGCUGGGGAAACAUGGUGGCUAUCACAAGAAUAUGAUGAAAAUAAAGUAUCAGAAUACAUACAACUCUUUCAUCACGAGGAAGGUUUUAUGACUGGAGAAGCAACAGUAGAUUACCUUGUUAAUUGUAAAGUACCGCGUCGUUUAAGAACCCUCUGUGGUCUUCAUGCUAAGAUUAUCAUGUUACUACGUGAUCCAACCCAUCGCUUUAUAUCGGAUUACUACAUGAGACUUCAUAUUAAUACUAAACGUUAUUAUCCUGGAUCAGACUUCAAUACCAGUGCUAGUCUUAGUGAAACUAUUGAAAGAGAAUAUAAUAAGUUUAUAACAAGAGCACACAGACAGUUUAAUUCCACUAAUAAGCAUAUUUUCUUUGCUGCAGACUGGAAGAAAUUGAAGUGUCUAUUUCGUGAAGCUCAAAACCUUUUUUAUGAAGGACUAUAUUAUGUUCACGUUCAAAACUGGUUAAGCAGCUACCCUCCUCAAAAUAUACUGAUAGUUCCUAGUGGAGCAUUGUUUAGUGAUACUGUAGCAACUGUUGCUGGAGUGAUGGAGUUUGUUGGACUGGAGAAGCUUAGUGUUAGCAAGAUGGAAGACAUCACAAGGUCGAUUUAUAACUAUGGUAGUUAUGAUCGCUCCAGCAUCAAGGAGAAAGAUAUAAAGAGACUAAAUGAGCUUUAUAGACCUUUUAACCAGCAGCUAUUACAUUUAUUAAAAUGGGAAAAGUUUUAAAAUUGACAAUGGUAAUUGGUAAUAAUUAGCAUCUUUGAGCUACCGCCCACGCACUCUAGCUAACGC